AACACGUUUUCCCCUAAUCCGUCCUCUCUCUCUCUCUCAUUACUCUGAUUUUGGAACUCACCAGAGAUUCAAUUUCGUGAAGAAAUGCCGGUAGCGAGACCGGAGACAUCGGAUGCUAGGGUUAUCGCUCAUGUGGACAUGGAUUGCUUCUACGUUCAAGUGGAGCAAAGGAAGCAACCAGAGUUGCGAGGACUUCCUACUGCAGUUGUACAGUACAACGAAUGGCAAGGUGGUGGUUUGAUUGCUGUUAGCUAUGAAGCACGUAAAUGUGGCGUAAAGCGGUCAAUGAGAGGUGAUGAGGCUAAAGCUGCUUGCCCUGAAAUUCAAUUGGUUCAAGUUCCUGUUGCUCGUGGUAAAGCUGACCUGAAUUUAUAUCGAAGUGCGGGUUCUGAGGUUGUUUCGAUUCUAGCAAAAAGCGGUAAAUGUGAGAGGGCUUCAAUUGAUGAAGUGUAUCUUGACCUCACUGAUGCAGCAGAAAGUAUGCUUGCUGAUGCACCUCCAGAGAGUUUGGAAUUGAUGGACAAAGAAGUUCUUAAAUCCCAUAUUCUCGGAAUAAGCAGAAAGGAUGGAGAUGAUUUCGAGGAGAGUGUCCGUGAUUGGCUAUGUCGAAAAGAUGCUGAUCGCCGUGAUAAGUUAUUAAGUUGUGGAAUUAUCAUUGUUUCAGAUCUCCGGAAACAGGUGCUUAAGGAGACUGAGUUUACUUGUUCUGCUGGCAUAGCCCAUAACAAGAUGCUAGCUAAACUUGCUAGUGGGAUGAAUAAACCUGCCCAGCAAAUCGUUGUACCAUAUGCAGCUGUGCAGGAACUACUCAGUUCCUUGCCAAUAAAGAAAAUGAAACAGCUGGGAGGAAAGCUGGGCACUAGCUUGCAAACUGAUCUGGGAGUUGACACUGUAGGGGACUUGUUGCAAUUUUCUGAAACAAAGCUGCAAGAACAUAAUGGAUCAAAUACGGGUACUUGGUUAUGGAAUAUCUCAAGAGGGAUCAGUGGAGAAGAAGUGCAAGGUCGCCUUCUCCCAAAAAGUCAUGGUUCAGGGAAGACAUUUCCCGGACCUCGUGCUUUGAAGUCACUCUCAAAUGUUCAGCAUUGGCUGAAUCAGCUUUCCGAAGAACUAAGCGAGCGCCUCAGUUCUGACUUGGAGCAGAAUAAGCGGAUUGCCAGUACCCUUACCCUUCAUGCUAGCGCUUUCAAAUCAAGGGAUUCAGAUUCUCAUAAGAAAUUUCCUUCAAAAUCAUGUCCGCUGAGAUUUGGAGUAACCAAAAUCCAAGAAGAUGCCUUUAAUCUGUUCCAUGCUGCCUUACGUGAGUACAUGGGACCUUUCGGGAGCAAACCUCAAGGAAAUAAGCAAGAGACAUGGAGAAUAACAGGCCUUUCUGUUUCUGCAAGUAAAAUUGUUGAUAUACCAUCUGGAACAAGCUCGAUCAUGAGAUAUUUUCAAAGUCAAUCUACUGUUCCUUCUCGUUCAGUAGAUGGUUGUGUUCAAGAUCAUGUGGUGACUCCUUCAGCUAGUGAAGGUUGUUCAGAACAGAUAUCAACAGAAACCCAAGCUGCAGUAAUACCUGAGGAAGACACCGGUGUAACUUAUACUUUGCCUAAUUUUGAAACUCCAGAUAAAGACGUCGAUUUAGUCUCUGAAAAGGUAUCAGCUCUUAGUUCUCAUUACUCUAAAGCAUAUAAUAAGCCUUUCUUAGAAGUGUGAUCUAGCAAAGAGGCUAAACAUAUUUAGGCUCAAUUACUUUCUCAGUUUCAACUUUCAAAGGAAUAGAAAUGUGAUGAGAUUCUUUUGCAAUUAUAACUGGUAAAGAAGUUAUUGGUUAGGAGGAGGGCCUGUAGUAUUUGAAUGACUCGAGAGCUUGGUAUAUGUGAGUACAUGGGACCAUUCGGGAGUACAUGGUAUAUCACUACAGAUGGUAUAUCAACAAUAUUUGAGUCUUUUUAAUCAAUCUGUGUGUGAAGUCUGAUUGGUGGGUCUUUCUCCAUCAAUCCUCCCGUUUUGAAAUGAUAUAUCUUUCUGUUUGA